GAAGCUUUGGUGGCAAAACUAGAUGAAUGUAUUGAAAGGUAUCAUUUUAUUUGGGCAGGUGACCAAUUACAAAGCUUUUGUUUAGCUGAUAUGGGCGUCGAUGUUAUACACGAGAAAGGAUUUCAUCAGAUUGAUCUACUCGGUGACUUGUCCGGUUUACUCUCGUCCCACCCAACAGCUCCACUUCUCAGCCUCCACCACUUCGAGAGCGUUGCACCACUUUUCCCAAACAUGAACCGUCCUGGUUCAGUCCUUCACAUCAUGAAAGCGGCCAACGUGGACCAAUCACGGAUGCUACAACAGUCUAUUUGCCACGUUAGAGCUAGUAACUGGACCUUCUCGGUCUCGUGGGGAUACUCAGCUCAUAUCUACGAGAACAUAUUCCCACGAAGCUACUUGAAGCGUCCUAUUGAAACAUUCCGUCCCUGGCUCCGAGGACGGCCUCCGUUUUACAUGUUUAACACGAGACCGGUUUCUAGAGAUCCAUGUGAAGCUCCUCACUGGUUCUUCUUCGAUUCGGUUGAAGAAGAGAAGGAAAGAGUUGUUACUUCCUACACAAGGAAGUUUCCUAGAAACAUGACUUCUUGUUCUUUCUCUGGUAAUAUAUCUGCUGAUCCUCUCGCUUUGAUCAGAGUCUUCUCUCCCAAAACUCCCAAAGAGGAGAGAAAAGUGGAAUGUUGCGACGUGGAAUAUGAUGGUGCAGAUGUUGCAACCAUGAGGCUUAGAGAUUGUAGAUAAAUCAAAGACGUU